AUGCGCCCGUUGUCUCUGAUCGUCGCAAUUUCGGGGCUGCUCGGCCUCGUGCUGGCCCAGCUUGACGUCUCGACCGACGGGACCUGUGGUGCAGCCAAAGGGUACUCGUGCCUGGGCUCGGAGUACGGCAACUGUUGCUCCUCGAACGGUUGGUGUGGCGCCGACGACGCUCACUGUGGCUCGGGAUGUCAGGCAGACUUCGGCCUCUGCGGCAAAGGCGUCGGCGGCGUUGGGGCGACCACCACCACCAACACGCGCCUGACAACCCUGCCUCCGAUCAGCAGUCCGCCGGGGCAGUCAGAAGUAACCUCCACCGUAUUCGUGACAGUGACCACGACCAGCUACACGCUGAGGCCGCUUCCCAUCCGGACUACCAUCAAGACGACGGUAACCGAGAGCUCGUUGGUCACGGCGACCACCACAGCCGUGCGGACCAGCACAGUUGAGGUUGACACGACGUCCACCGUCCUGACCACCACAACGGCGACGAGCUACUCCAUCGUCUUCGCCACGGUGUACAACACUGUCAACGUAACUAGCGUCUCCACUGUGUGGAAGACGGCCACGUCCACCACGACGCAGACCGUAGACGUGACAAGCGUUUUCAACCAGACCAUCACGUCAACGCAGACGCAGCCCACGACCAUCACCUCCUACCGCACGGUCGAUGUGACCAGCCAAGUCAACGUCACAUCCACGGCAGUUGCGACAAGAACCACAACUGUCCCGCUCACGGUGACCGCCACCUCCACCGUCACGGUCAACUCCACGCUCGUCACGACCGCGACCAAGACAGCCCAGGUCAACGUCACGGAAACGGCGCUCAACACAGUCUACACAACACAAACGGACCUGCUGACGGCAACCACGACGCUGGACGUGACGAGGCAGUGGAACACCACCUCGGUCGUGACCUCCACCGCCUUCCGCACCAUCACCUCGCUCCUGACCGAAACAGAGCUCACCCAGGCCACGUCAACGGUCACAGCAACAGAAACCACGGUCCUCACCCGAACAGCGACAGCGACAGCGACAGUCACCGUGCUCACAACCGCCACCGCCACAGCGCAGGUGAACGCAACCCGGACCUCCACAGAGACAGAGACAGAGACAGAGACGCAGACGCAAAAGGUGACACAGACCGAGAUCGAGCGCACAACACUCACAGUAACCAGCACCGCCGUCGUCACUGCCACCAGCACGGAGGAGCUCAACCCCACCCCUACCAAGGCCCCGCCCUCGACCGCGACCACGACCACGACCACGCUCACAAUCCUGCCCACCACGUCCACCGCCACCGCGAGCCAGCUCCAUUCUCCUUCCCCUCCUUCCUCUCCGCCGGAUGCUUCGACCGGGUCGGGAACGGGGACUGAGACUGCAUCGGCGACGGCGACGGCGACAACUACGGCUGCUUCGACUACGGCCGCGAAGUAA